AUGCGUUUCUCACUUGCCUUGCUCGGGGCCAUCGCCCCGGGUGCCCUCGCCCAGGGGGUCCGCUUCACCAACACCAGCACGCCCGCCAUCACCACGACCGAGGCGACGUCAUCCAAUCCCACCUCGACUGACGCUCCGGUCUCUGAGCCUGUCGACCUUGGCUCUGCUUCCCUUGGACCCGGUGCCUCCUUUGUCACGGGACCUAACGGCGGAGUGGCCAUUCAACUUUCUGCUCCUGCCAACGGCUUUGCCUCUUUCGGUGUUUCCGGUGCUGUUCCUUUCGGAAUCAACAUCGGAGAUCUCAUCAGGAUUCUCUUCGACAUCCUCGUCUUGCUCCUCGAGUCGCUCAGCAAGCGUGAUGAUGCCACCGACUGCUCCCUUGAUGUCCGCGUGAACGGCGCGUCCCUUUACAAUGAGGUUCUGCUGUACAAUGGUGGCAACUACCAGUCCCUUCAGAGUGGCGACACCGCCGCUGGUGCUGAUGCUCCUGAGCUCGAGUUCAUUCAGACCUGCGGUGCCAACCCCGUUGCCAUGGUUGUUGCCAACGUCGCUGUCGGUGCCAACGGCGCUUCCAACACUGGCAACCCCCCUGUCAACCCCACCGAGACUGACGACACUCCUACCGGUACUGAAACUGACGGGUCUUCUCCCACUGGCACCGAGACUGAUGACACUGGUGCUCCCACUGGUACUGAGACUGACGAUACCGGGGCCCCUACCGGCACCGAGACCGACGACACUGGUGCCCCUACCGGAACUGAGACUGACGACACCGGUGCUCCCACUGGUACCGAGACCGAUGGCUCCGAGCCCACCGGUACCGAGACUGACGGUUCUGAGCCCACCGGAACUGAGACUGACGGCUCUGAGCCCACCGGCACCGAGACCGAUGGCUCUGCUACUGGUACUGAGACUGAUGGCUCUGAGCCCACUGGCACUGAGACUGAUGGUUCUGAGCCCACUGGCACUGAGACUGAUGGUUCUGCUACUGGUACUGAGACUGACGGUGCUGCCACCGGUACCGAGACUGACGGCUCCGCUACUGGCACCGAGACUGACGGCUCUGGUACUGCUACUGGUACCGAGACUGAUGCUACCACCACCGCCAGCUCCGUCCCCGGCUUCCCUCCCACCAGCAACGGCUUCGUCUUCUUCGGUUGCACUGGCUCUUCCUCCGGCUUCCCCACCUUCGAGCUUGCUCUUUCCAGCCCCCAAAUGGAUAUCGAUCUGUGCAGCUCUACCUGCCAAGGCAGCGACUACUUUGGUGUUUACGACACUGACUGCUACUGCGGUGAUGAAGUUGAUGGAGACAGCACCAGCAUCGUUCCCCCUGAGCAGUGUGACAUUGAGUGCCCUGGCGACGACUCUCAGAACUGCGGUGGUGACGCUCCCGCUGCUCGCCGCAGCCGCAUCCAGGCCCGCCAGAACGUCCCCAACAGCAUCCGCCUGACCGUCUACAUCUCUGCUGAGUUCAGCGGCCCCGGCACCAGCAUCUUCGUCACCGAUGUCAUCACCGCCACUGUCACUGACCAGCUGACCCUGACCACCACCUUUGUCACCACCCUCACCGGUCCUGCCACUACCCAGACUGCUACCGUCACCGCCAUCUAUGAGUGCUUCAACGGCCGCUGCUUCCCUCAGGAUGGCGGCUUCAACCUUCCCGGAGGCUCUGGUGGCCGUAUCGUCUACAUUUUCAAGCCCUACCCCGGUGAGGACUGCGACGGCCAGACUGUCUACAUCCCCGAGUCCUGCAACUGCAAGGGUGGCAGCCACUACGUCCCCAUCAUCUGCCACAGCGACGUCUGCCACGGAAAGACCGUCUACAAGCCCGAGCAGACCAAGCACAUUGGUGGCGGCGACAUUGUCUUCACUCCCGUUGACUGCCACGUUUGCAAGGAUGGCAACGUCAUCUACAAGCCCUGGGAGGAUGACUACGAUAUCAUUGGUGCCCCUGGCUGCACUGGUUCCAGCUGCCCUCCUACCUGGAAGCCCGGUCACGGCGGCUCUGCUCCCGGCGGCGGCUCUUCUGCUCCUGGUGGCGGCUCUGCUCCUGGUGGUGGUUCUUCUGCCCCUGGCGGCGGUUCGUCUGCUCCUGGUGGCGGCUCCUCUGCUCCCGGCGGUGGCUCCUCGGCUCCUGGUGGCGGCUCUGCUCCCGGCGGUGGUUCUUCUGCUCCUGGAGGCGGCUCUGCUCCUGGUGGUGGUUCCUCUGCUCCCGGUGGUGGCUCUUCUGCUCCUGGUGGUGGCUCUUCUGCUCCUGGAGGCGGUUCUUCCGCUCCUGGUGGCGGUUCUUCCGCUCCUGGUGGUGGCUCCUCUGCUCCCGGCGGCGGUUCUUCUGCUCCCGGUGGAGGUGACUCUGCUGCCCCCGGUGGUGGCUCUGCUGCUCCUGGAGGUGGUGAGGCUACUGGCACCAAGGGCUCUGGUGGUGACUCUGCCGCCCCUGGUGGUGGUUCCGCUGCUCCUGGCGGUGGUGACUCUGCCGCUCCCGGAGGUGGUGAGGCUGGCGGCGAGGCCGACAGCACCAAGCCUGUUACCGUCUCCGGUGCCGGCAAACAGGCUGUCAGCAUCAUUGCCGUCCUCGCCAGCAUUUUCGCUGCUGCCCUUUAA